GCAGAAGUCGGGGGUUGGCAAGCGCUGCCUACGCAGAGCGGAGGCGACCUGGAGUUUGUGGCGCUGUGAUGGUCUAGAGGCUGGAGAUUCAAGAUCUGGGUGCCAUCAUUUUCUGGUUCUGUUGAUGACCCUCUUCCGGGUUACAUACAGCUCACAUCUUGCAUCCUCAAGUGUUUUUCUUAUAAGGCUAAAAAUUCACAAAGCAUACAUCAAUGAAUCAGCAAGAUCUAGAUCUGGAUAGUACUACAGAUGUGGGAGAUGUUACAAAUACUGAAGAAGAACUUAUUAGAGAAUGUGAAGAAAUGUGGAAAGAUAUGGAAGAAUGUCAGAAUAAAUUAUCACUUAUUGGAACUGAAACACUCACCGAUUCAAAUGCUCAGCUAUCACUAUUAAUUAUGCAAGUAAAAUGUUUAACCGCUGAACUCAGUCAAUGGCAGAAAAAAACACCUGAAAUAAUUCCCUUGACUGAAGAUGUUCUCAUAACAUUAGGAAAAGAAGAGUUCCAAAAGCUGAGACAAGAUCUUGAAAUGGUACUGUCCACUAUGGAGUCAAAGAAUGAAAAGUUAAAGGAAGACUUAGAAAGGGAACAACAGUGGUUGGAUGAACAGCAACAGAUAAUGGAAUCUCUUAAUGUACUACACAGUGAAUUGAAAAAUAAGGUUGAAACAUUUUCUGAAUCAAGAAUCUUUAAUGAGCUGAAAACUAAAAUGCUUAAUGUAAAAGAAUAUAAGGAGAAACUCUUGAGUACCUUGGGCGAGUUUCUAGAAGACCAUUUUCCUCUGCCUGAUAGAAGUGUUAAAAAGAAAAAGAAAAACAUUCAAGAAUCAACUGUACACCUGAUAACACUGCAUGAAAUGUUAGAGAUUCUUAUAAAUAGAUUAUUUGAUGUUCCACAUGAUCCAUAUGUCAAAAUUAGUGAUUCCUUUUGGCCACCUUAUGUUGAGCUGCUGCUGCGUAAUGGAAUUGCCUUGAGACAUCCAGAAGAUCCAACCCGAAUAAGAUUAGAAGCUUUCCAUCAGUAAAAGGAUGUUUUCUUUUUUCACACAGUAAAAAAAUCUUAUCAUUCAAGGAUAUUGGAACCACAGGACUAUUUGGAUAAAAAACAUUAUUUGCAAAUUAAUGCGCAUAGGCCAUUUUACUUUUAUUGCAAAAUGGCAUGUGCUGCUAUCUAUUAUUCAUUUUUAAAUAGUCCUUUCUUAUUCAGUCAGUGCUUUGGUGUUUUAAACUAUAUGGAUAAGACUGCAGGUAGAUAAUAUUCUAGGCAUAAAACAUUUAAUGUACCUUACCUCAUGCAAUAUUCUUUGGAUUCUUUGUUGAUUUAUGAUAUUGCUAAUAUAAUAUUUUCUUAAAAUAUAUAACAAUAUCUUUUAUGCAUUUUGAGUUCCAGUUGGUGCUUCUUUAUAUUUAGAAAUUAUAAUGGGAAGGUCAUUUAAUUUGCAGAUGAUUUUAAAAUUGAGGUAAUAUCUAAUAUAGAAGGUGGCAUAAUUUAAAAAUAUUUAGCAAAUUUGUUUCAUAUGUACUCUUAUUUCUAGAUUUGUUUAAAAUUGGAAUAUGAAAAACUAAUGGAUAAAGCUAGCAUAAAAUUGAUAUUUUAGUUUGUAUUAUUAAUAUACCAUGUUACCUUAUAUAUUAAUCUAAUCUUGAUUCUGCUAAUUAUUACCAACAAAAUUGUAUUCAUGACAUUUUAUUAAUUCUCUGAAUUUUCUGUAAAUAAAAUUAUUUCUGAAAAUCUCUA